CCCAAUUCAGCAUGAUCUCGAGUCGUGUCUUUGCCUCCGCCUUGCGCGCUCAGGCUCCUGCUCUGCAGGCAGUCAAGGCCCGCCCCGCCGCCCGCAUCUUCCAGCAGACCCGCGGCUUCAAGAACACNCCCAAGUUCAGAGAGCCCGUUCCCGACACAGCCCUAACGACAAUUCACAUUGUAGCACACACCAUCUCCCAGCGUAUCCGUACCCUGAAGAAGAUUCCCCCAGAGUUGAUCCCCAUCGGUAUCGUCCUUGCCGUUGCCAUCGGCUUUGCCGCCUACUCGCUCUUCCGCAAGCUCUUCACCGACGGUACCCUCCGUCUGUACAGAUCCAGAGGCCACAACCAGGCUUCGUCUCCCUCCGACACCAAGCCCUCCCAC